CGGAUGGACGCGGGAGGUCCCGGACCCCUAUGGGGGGUCCGAGCCCUCGACUGUUGGUUCGGAGCUCCCCCUCCUCAGGAACACGUGGCGUCACCGGACCUGUCCCAGAGCGGGGAGCGGGUCCGGGGCCGUUGGCCCGGUGAGGUAAGAGCCUGACCCGUGGGGCCCGGCUGCUCCGCCCCUUAUGGCGUAGUUACGGAUGACUACGCGAGUCCUGCCUUGCUGCAGUAGAAGUGGGUAUCCCUGCUACAGGGUACCGACAAGGCCUGAGGUUCAAUAGGCAUGAAGAGAUCGAGGGCCUCAGGGUAUGUAGCAUGCAUGGAAAUUAAACAUUUACAAGCACUAAGUGACAAGUGGGCCCAGCACACAGGUGAUUUUGUCUUCUGGGACAGGUUGCAUUAUGAUGUUGUUGAGGAAUCACAGGGUUCUUUGAUGUUGAACUGUAGCGUUAGGUGUGCAGUUUUGCUCGUUGUCAGAGUUUUGGGGUUAGUUUUUUUUGGAUGGCUGGUAGGGUGGGGUAUAUUUAUUCUGCUAUCUGUAUGCACAUAAUUAUCAGUUUGUAGACCUAAUUUUGAUCCCAAUUGGUGUGUAUGCCAGUUGGUUUGUAGUUUUGAGGUUAACGUAGAAGCAUAUGAAACUAACUUUAGCAAGAUCUUAUUCUAUACCUGGGAGGCUUUAUAUCCUGACAAAUCACCGGAAUCCUGAAAUUACCAAAUAAACACUCUUUAUUUCAGAUUUAUGGUUUUUUAUUUCCUUUCAUUUAAAGUUCAAUCCUCUAGUUAAAAACUUUCUUUCUUGGUUCAAUUCAUUUUUCUGAACUUUAGACUCAGAGAAAAUGCGAGAUCCAUGCAGCAGAUUGGGACUUGUGGGCACAGAAAGCUAAAUACCAUAGGAUAGAUAAGGUAAGACCUAGGGCAGGGAACUUCUAUAUAUAGAUGCCGAAUAUGCAAUUAUGAAACUUGUGAAGGUGAUUAUGAUUUGCACCAUAGAAUUUUUUUUGCUUUCUUCAACCUUCAGCUAACAUUAACAUAUUGUAUCCUUUUAACUGUUUGUAUCUGUAUAAUGUAACAUCUUUAUUCUUUGGUUAACAUGUAACAAGAGUUGCAGCUUCAUGAAGUUCUUGUUUGUGUGCAUGGUUGCUGCUGAGGAUUGGUAGAAACAAUAUUGCUGUAUGGUCUGCCUGAAACUUUAGUAGGGUAUCAUCGAGAACCAUUGAAACCUUAGUGGACAGUGGACACUGGACAGAGAUAAUUAUGUUUGAAUUAUAUGGUUGCAUUUCAAAAUGGUUUGCAUGCCGGGGCAUUUUAAAAUGACUUCUGUGCUGAAGCUUGUAAUGAUGGAAAAUCACACAGCACCAGAUGAUGUGAUCCAUGAGAUGACUACUGCACAGGUCCUGCAAAAGCAACUGUUUGAUGCACACGAACCAAAUUUACUAGAUGAAAACGAUAUGCAUAUAUUUGGAUCAAAACCUAUGGCCGAUCCUUUGGACCUGGUCUGCUGUAGUACUUGCAAGAAGCCAGUCAAGGCUAGCCAAUAUGCAGUUCAUACAGAGCGAUGUAGUUCAGGGAAGGUAAAUACAAAUGAUGCAAUGGGUAUAGAUCAUGCCAGUCCUACAAAGCCCCCAAAGAAGGGCAGAAAAAUAAAAGUGAUAAGUAAUGGAAAUCAAAAAGUACACAUAAAAGUGAAAGCAAAAUCUCAACCUGAAAGCAAGAACGGUGCCAAUACUUUCGAGUUGGGCAAUGGGCAUGUCAGUAAACUACAAUCUAUAGAUUCCACAGGGCUGAAGACAUUGGUUCAUAAUGCAUCUGCUAUCAAUGUGCCUAAAAGUCGCCUCAGAGAUGCACCAGUUCCUCUCGCAACAAAAAUGUAUCAUUCACAGAGCAACUACCGUCUUCGAUUGGAGCUUGGUCACCUUUAUCGCGAAUCAUGUGUGGAGCAUUUGAGUAGCCACACAACUCCAAACUUGUCACAUCAGAAUGGAUUGAUGGUGUCACAGUUUCCACCAUGUGUCAAUUCAGCAUUACUUGGUUCUCAGAAGAACCUUGUUCCUCAGACACAGCUUCUUGCAAGCACAUCUGAACUGUGCUCAGGAAUUCCUCAGCAAUUAUCAUCAAGCAGGCCUAACCACUCACUAGUAACAAAAACUGAGAGAGCAGAUACACAAGCAUCUACAUUUAGCAAUGAAGGUUCACGAUCCAGAUGCAACAAAGCUGCUGUUCCCCAUUCGAGAAACAAAGGCAGCAAGAAGGCGCAGCAGCAACCUAAUGGACGUGUUCAUGUGAUCAAGUCCUCAGUAGAGUAGCCCAUUGAUAGGUAAUUUAUUGGUCUAGUGGUAGUAUCACUAAUGAACAGUCUCUUCUUUCUUCCUUUUCAAAUGAAAUUGGUUCUUAUCAGGAUGGUUUUGGAUUGGACGGUCUGGGUUCGGGAUCAUUUUGGUUCGUCGGUACUUGGUACAAGAAGCUAACCAACUCUAGUUCUAGCAGUGAUGAUGGAAUUACCUGUAAAUAUGGCCUCAAAGGCCUUCUCUUCUCCCUGCCUCCCUUACUGCAGAAGAUUGUAAGAUUGUGAACCUGAUGAACAUUUCAAUAUAGCCGUUAUCUUCUCCUCGCUGAGUUUGAGUUU